AUGUUAUUGAAAAUUGUAUUUGUAAGUGUUUUAGGCCUAGUUAUUGCAGAAAAAGUGCGAUAUGAUAAUUUUGCGCUUUACAAAAUAUAUCCCAACACCAAAGAACAUGUAGAGUUUUUGAAGGAUUUGUACGAAGAGUCAGAUGGGUUAGAUUUUUGGAUACCGCCUGUGAGAGUGGGUGAAUAUGUAAAUGUCGUUUCGUCUCCGGAGAGGCAGAUGGAGUUUGAGCAUUCGAUGAAAAAGAGGAGCCUUAACUAUGACGUCAUGCUGCAAGAUAUACAGCAAGCCCUUGACGAUCAAAUAAUGUUUCGAAAGAAACGUGAUACCAGACGAGAAAUGUUUUGGACAAACUACCAGACUUUGGAAGACAUAUACAACUGGUUUUACUAUUUAGCUGAGACUCAUAGUGAUAUCGUUUCUAUUAUUCAGGCAGGCACUUCUUUUGAAGGUAGAAACAUAACUGGUGUCAAGAUAGCGAGAAACUCUGGAAGGAAGAUAUUCUUGAUAGAAGGAGGCCAAAUCGCUGCUGAUUGGUUGUCUCCAACAGUCAUUACCUACUUGGUGGAUCAGUUAGUAAGGGGCGAAGACCCUGAAGCUUUAGCUGCUUCCCGCGACUACGAAUGGCAUAUCUUCCCCAUGAUCAAUCCCGAUGGACACGAGUAUACUAAUAAUGCUAUUCGGCUGUGGAGGAAGAAUCGUCGGCCGAUCUCUGGAUCAGCAGUUGGUGUUGAUCUUACAAAGAACUGGAAUUCACAGUGGGGAGCGAUGGGGGGAAGCUUCAGCGCAGUAGACCAAACCUUUGUUGGCUUGGGACCGUUCUCUGAACCGGAGACUCGGUCAUUCUCUAGUUACAUAGAGAGUAUUAGUUCAAACCUGGUGGGCAUGCUGUCGUUCAGAGGUUAUGGUCAGAGAUUCAUACUUCCUUUUGCGCAUACCAGUGACCCUAUGUACAAUUACCAGGAUAUGAUAAAAAUUGGAAGAAGAGCUAUGGGUUCUCUUGCUGUUAAAUAUGAUACGCAGUACAGAGUAGGCGUCUCCAGAGAUGUUUUUGAUGGCGCCACUGGUAUGUUGGCUGAUUGGGUGAAGUUCCGAUUUAAUCCACCUAUCGUAGCGACGUAUGCGCUUAGAGAUACCGGCACUUGGGGUUACACUCUCCCAAUAAAACAAGUGCUACCAUCUUGCGAGGAAACAUUCGAUUCAAUUAUGGCUGUAAUUCGCGAAGCUAAACUUAUUAAUGUAUUGCACCUAGUAAUAAUUCUAUUAUUCCUUUUACCAUUUGGAAGCCAAACAGAAACGGAGCUAACUGAUCUUGAAUCGUUAAAUACAGCAGAACAACUUAAUUUGAUGUUUUCAGACGCUCCUGGUUUGGUAUCCGCAAAAUUUCGCUACGAUGGCUACACGCUGUACAAAAUACUACCGGAGAAUGACAAACACAUUAAUUUACUCCAAGAACUGCAAAACGACACGAGAUACGAUUUCUGGACAGAACCGGCGCCUGGAUCGGAGUUCGUGAAUGUCAUGUCUAGUCCUGGACAUAAGAACGAAUUUGAAGAUUUGCUGAAUAGAAAUGGCGUGAAAUUUACAAUUUCUAUGACUAACGUGCAAGAAGCCAUUGAUAAAGAAAAUAUUGGAACAUACGUGAGCCGGGAUCUGCGGUCUAUGAGAUGGGACACAUAUUACACUCUUGGACAAAUUAAUACCUGGCUAGACGAUCUAGUAGCAAGGCAUUCUAAUGUAGCAUCCAUCAUCGUGGGAGGUCAAUCUUAUGAAGGCAGACCCAUUAGGGGAGUCAAAAUUUCCCACGGGUCAGGAAAAAGGGCAAUUUUUAUUGAAAGUGGUAUACAUGCUAGAGAAUGGAUUACUAUGGCAACUACUAACUAUAUAAUUGAUCAGUUGUUGAGAAGCACUAACACAGAGGUUAGAGGGAUCGCUAGAGAAUUUGAUUGGUAUAUCUUCCCAGUAACUAAUCCGGAUGGUUACGUAUGGAGCCAUGAUUAUGCUCGAACAUGGCGUAAAAAUAGAAGACCUAUUGGUACAGAAUUUGGAGUAGACUUGAAUAGAAACUGGAACAGCAAUUGGUUAGCUCAUGGAUCCAGUACUAACCCUGCCUUAGAUAAUUAUGCAGGGCCAGGGCCUUUUUCUGAAAUAGAAACACGUACACUAUCUGAAUACAUCCGAUCGUUAAGUGACAAAAUAGAUUUGUAUCUCUCAAUGCAUUCCUUCAGUCAGCUACUCCUUGUGCCUUUUGGAAAUUCGACGCAAGCUUACGGGAACUACCACGACGCUGUUAAUAUCGGCAGACGUGCCAUGGGAGCGUUAUCCGUUAGAUAUGGAACCCAGUACACCACAGGAAGUAUUGCUGAAGCUAUAUACUUAGCCACAGGCGGCAGCAUUGACUGGGUGAAAUCUGCUCUUAAUAUACCUCUGGUCUACUGCUACGAGUUCAGGGAUAGAGGACAGUAUGGUUUUCUGCUUCCAGGUAACCAAAUUAUACCAAACAGCGAAGAAGUAUUGGAUUCCAUAGUAGAUUUGAUCUUCCAAGCAAAACGGUUUCAAUAUCUGAACAAUUCAAACAGGGUCUUGUCUUUUAUGGGAGCGUGUCUAAAACUUAGGACGCACUACGUUGAUCUGGUGGUGAUCGUUAGAGCGUCUGAAGCAAUGGCGUAUCUUCGUAAAUUGGAAAUUCAAUGGAGCUAA